UGGGUGAAUGCUAAAGAACUAUAGAGCCACAAAUAAUAGGACAAGCUGAAUCCAUAUCUUGCAAGUCUUACGUUAUCCUUUAAGCCUUCUUCGGCUCACACAACAACAUUUUUAUACUUAAUGACGCUUAAUUUAAUUUCUUCUUAUCAAGUCCAUUGGGUUGGGGAUUAUUCAUUCAUAUAAAACUAUAUCUGCAGCUGGUACCAGCCUAAAGUCUGCCUCAUAUGAGUGCAGUCAUCUAUUAUUGAGCGAAAGGCCGUGCGUGGAAAUGUGUGCGAGACGCUGGAUUUGAAGUAGAAUUGGUUACAAUCGAUCAAGGGUGAAGAAUAUUGCUGAUGCUUACAAUACACUAGACAACUAUGUCUUUCUCGCAGUUUGGAUACCCCUACAAUGCAACUUCACAGGUCAGGCUCUGACUGCACGAGUGGCUCCCCGUCCGCAGCCUCCUUCUGCUGCCCCCCGUCCUACGAGAACCGUCUGCUGGCGAGCACCAGGACGGAGCUCGGCGCCGCGCUCGGCAUGUACAGCUCCCCUUAUGCGGCUGCGGCUGCCGCCAGCCAGAACUAUGCCAACUACUUCCCCUACAGCACCGAGCCGUCCGCCAUCUACUCCACGCUGAACCCCCAGUAUGAUAUUAAAGAUGGCACUGGGACACUUCAUUCUGGCAUCACCCAAACUGCGGCAUACUAUCCUUACGAGCACUCGCUCGGACAGUACCAGUACGACAGGUACGGGACGGUGGACUUCAACAGCACAGCCAGGAGGAAGAACGCCACAAGGGAGACCACCAGCACCCUGAAGACCUGGCUGUACGAACACCGCAAGAACCCCUACCCCACCAAGGGCGAGAAGAUCAUGCUGGCCAUCAUCACCAAGAUGACGCUCACACAGGUGUCCACCUGGUUCGCCAACGCCAGGAGGAGGCUAAAGAAGGAGAACAAGAUGACCUGGUCCCCCAAGAACAAGGGCGGCGAGGACAGGAAGGAUGACCUUGAGAAGAGCGACCUGGACUGCGUCACCAAAGACUCCAGCGACUUCAAGGAGAAGGACCUGCACCUCAGCGACCUGGACGACAUGGAGGACGAGGACUGUGACAAGAUGGACAGCGACUGUGAGAAGGGCCCCUCAGAGGAGCAGGACCUCCACAGGGCCAUGGCCGUGUCCGGGGCCCCCGCCAAGGGGGAUCGUGGCUCCGAGCUCCCCCUGAGCCUCCACCCCGGCUUCCACCCGUUCCCAUGCGGCGUCAAGAGCGUGACCUCGCUCCCCGGCCUGCCCUCCGACUUCCUGGACUCUGUGGCUCUGAAGCCCCUCUCCUCCACCACCACCACCUCCUCCUCCUCCUCCUCGUCCUCGUCCUGUGGGCCCCCGGGGGCCCUGUCCCUGUCCCACUACGAGUCCUCCGACAAACCCAGGAUCUGGUCCCUGGCGCGCACCGCCGCCUCGGGAGUCAUCCUGAGUUCCCAUCCCGGGGCGGUCCUGAGCCCCCAUCCCGGGGCCGAGGGGCGGCACCCGGGUGGGGACUGCCAGCUGCACGGCUCCCGGCCCCCCCAGGCCCCUGCGGUGGCGUGCCGGGGCGGCACCGGAGGCGGGGGCCUCCACGCCUCGAGCCACGCGACCAACGCGGAGAACCCCUUCCAGGAGGGCCCCCCCCUGCACCCCAAGCUGUACGGGGCGGGGGGCUACGGCCACAAGGCCCUGGGACUGCCGUGCUCCGCCUUCCCCUCGCUCCAGGACGCCUGCCAGUUCGCCAGCAUCGAAGGAUUCGCUGGUGUCAAGGCGGAGACAGACUCGCCUGACCUCAGCAGGGCAUGCGCGAGUCUGCAGGAAGACAAGGUCACGGCGUUCAGAGCGGUGAUGAAGAGGUGAAGGAGAUGUAUUUGCGCACCGGGAUAUACGAGUGGGACUUCUAUUAUGCACUAAAUUACAAGUAUGGUCCAGGAGCGUUUGGAGUAUUACGCGUGGAUUACCUGACACUCCUGCAGAGGGAAAUGAUUAUUCUUACUGUGGAUAUGACCGACAUUUUGCACACUCAUUUUUUUUUUCUAUGGUGUCGAUGAGUUUAUGCUAGAAUUGUAAAUCCAACGGCAGAGAAUAGCCGGAUCAUUUGUAAAUGGGGAACCGUGUUGUGUAGCAAACCUUAUUCAUGUUGUCGUUUGAAAUUGUACUUUGUGACUUAAUUUAUUAUAUAUUUAUUUAUUUAUUUUCAACUGAUCAUUGAAAUCCUGCGUUAAAUCUUCUUUCGUUGUCGCUGCGUAAUGUUUUGCUUCAUAUAUUUUGGCCGAUUGUAAACUUGACAGAAAAGACUGGAUUUUUGUUGCUUUGCGUGGAGACCCGAAAUGCAAUUUUUUCUCCUCAUGUUUAUUGUUCAUGUUUGCCAUUCUUUUUUAUAUAUAUAUGUAAGAAAGCCGUUUUCGAAAGACUUCUGGAUGUCAGUCACAUUUUCCUUUUUUUGUAUGAAGUUUGACAUACAAUCAGCCAAUUAAAACAUUUGAGGUUAUGCAUUUGAUCAAAGUUCAUCAUUGUGACUGAGUUAAUAAUUCGCUGGAAGACGUGAGACAAAUGAACAAGACGAGGAAGAAAGAGAACAUCAAGUCUCCAUCGUGAGCAUUUAAUCAGUAGUGGCAUCAAACACUUUGUAAUGUUAUAGGAGGAAGGGCGAAGGCUGCUUUGUUCCAUGCAAGAACUUCAUAUUGUUUUAAUUAAAAGGUCAUUUGUAAGAUCAAAACGACGUAGCAUUGUCGUUUAAAAGAAGAAGAUUUAGCUGUGUAUAUAUACACAGCUAAAUCUUCUUCUUUUAAGUUUUAAGUUACUUUACGGUUUGUGUCUAUUCUGUUGAUUUAAUUUAUG